AUGGUUCAUAACUUAUCGGUUGAUGAAAUAUUUCCAACUAUUAGAUCAGACACAUCGUCUGAAUCAUUAAAGCGAUUGAAUGUCGUAUUGAAUGCAGUGACCGAUAUCAUCAAAGCAAAGAAUGCACCUAUUCAUCCAACAUCCUAUUUCGCAUUGAUUCUCGCUUCACUCACAGAGAACUCUUAUAAACAAGGUCAAAAGUCUGAUCUUUUGAAGUUAUUAUCAAUUGUAAUCUCAAGAAUUACAAUUGGAAUUGUCAGAUCAAAUAGUGACAAUAUUAUUAGUUUAUGUUUAAAGAUUGUUCAAGAGGAGUCGAAAGAUGAACAUAUUAUGAAACCAACGCUGGUUUUGAUUGGACAUGUUUUGACAAUGAGUGAAUCUUCGGCUUGGCAAGUGAUGGACAGACGUAAUGCCUAUUCCGCUUUGUUGGCAUGUGCCGUCGAUGAGCGUAGUAAGUUGCGUCACAAAGCAUUGGAGCAGAUCAUCUUGGUGCUCAACAGUGUCGGUGCAUCCAAUCCAACGGGUGUCGGACUCCUCCCGGCAGUCAGCCAGAUGACAACUAAAUUCUGUUUGGACAUAUUUGCCAAUGUCACAUCCUCGACUAUGCAACGAGCAUUCUAUGCAAUGUCGGUGGCACACGAUCUCAUUCCCCAGUUGCAACCGUCGCUCGUCUCACAACUGCUCGAUGUCAUCAUCAAGAUGACAUCACUGGGCAACAGCGCAAUCACACCGAUCUGCUACAGAACGAUCGGUUCUCUCUUCCUGCGUACCAAUCAACUGAAAGCGGAGCACGUACAUCAAAUCAUCCAAGUACUAUACAGCCAUCCACCAAGUGGAAUCGACACCAAAGCAACCGUCGCCUACACCGAACUUCUCACUCGUGCCAACCUCUCCAUCUCGCGAAUGAACCGUACCAUCUCCAACCAAAACAUUCACCAAUACUUCAAACAUCUAAUCUCCAAUUUCAGUUCCGAUAAACUUGAAAUUACACGUAUUACAAUGGAAGGUUUUAAAAAUGUUAUUUAUGAAUGUAUAAAUGAAGAAGUUAUUACACAGGGAGUAAACAAUUUGAAUGGUAAUAGUCCGUUGAGAUUGAUUAUCGAUACUUUGGAAUCGAGUACCAAGUAUACUUUCAAACAUUCGUGGGAGUUGAUUCUCUCGGUGUUGUCAGCGAUGUUUGAACAACUCGGAAAGAAUGCAUAUCCUCUGUUGAAUAAUAUAUUGAUUAGUCUCGACGCUAUGAAUCAAUUGCCGGAUUUGCAUUGUCGUCAGGCACUUCACUCUGUAUUCUCAGUUGCGAUGGUCGCCAUCGGUCCAAAGAACUUCUUGACGUUGAUGCCACUGAAUCUCGACGCUCCACCCAACUCCAGGGAUAAAGAGCGUAUCAAUCGUAAUUGGUUGCUCCAAGUCAUGAGAGAUUCAAUCAAAUUCACAGAACUCCAAUUCUUUAUCGACUAUUUCCUGCCGAUGACCAAGAUGGUCAAGCAGAAAUCAAAGGAAUCGGAAUCCGAUGGAAAAUCAAUCGAAUCAAAGAAUCUCAACAUUCUCUACAACCAAAUCUGGGAUUUGCUUCCGGGAUUCCUCAAUCAACCGACAGACUUGCCCUCCGCCUUUAAGAAUAUCGCUAGAUUGAUUGGAUCGUCGCUUCAGGACGACGUUGAACUCCGAUCGGUUAUAUGCACUGCUUUCACCAAUAUGUUGAAUCAUCUCGUUGAAUCGAGAGAUGCCAAAACCGUUGCUUUGUUUGUACCACUCAAGAAGCGUCAUGUCACUAUGGAUGUCAAGUUGGCAGAGGAUUCCAUCAAGACGAUCGCUCACUACGCCAAGAACUAUCUGCCCAUCUUUUUCAAUAUCUAUCCAGUCUCCAAUCACGAACAGCGUUCACAGAUCAUCGAUACCAUCGAAGCGUACAUCGGUAUCACAGAUAAAGCUACUCUUGGAAAUAUGUUUAAGAGUUUAAUCACCAAGCUUUUGGAAGCGCUGAAAGAAGAGGGAAUCGAGAAGAAACAACAGAAAGAAGGUGACGAUAAGAUGGACGCAACAACAGCUGUAGAGGAGAAGAAGAAAUCAAAGAAAUACUACUUGACUGAUUUGACUGUUGGUUUCGUUAAGCAUUUGGAUGACGAACAAGUCAAGACACUGUACAAGGUGAUCAAACCACAACUCAGAUGUUCAGAUUCCGGUCUUCAGAAACGUUCUUUCAAGGUACUCGUAAAGAUCUGUGAGUAUCACGCUCAAUUCAUUGUACAGAAUAUGGACAAGAUCAAAUCGACGUUGGUCACCGAUUUGAUGCAAUCCACUUCCAACAUCAAAAAGACAAGAUUAAAGUGUUUGAAGGAGAUUCUCGUUACCAUUACUCGUGCCAACAAGGAAGCAGAGGAACAAGCCGCACUCGAAGAGGAAGAAGCUUUGGAGAAUGGCGAGGAGCCAGUCGAAGAGGAGAACAAACCAUCGUUUAGAAUCAAGAGUAGUUGGACACAACUCAAGAAGAAAUUCAUUCCCUCGGUAUUACCAGAGGUCAUUCUCUGUACAAAGGAAUCAAACAACCGUCUUCGUGAGAUUUCCAACGAGAUCUUGAUUGAAUGUGCCAACAUCAUGUGUUUGAUCGGUCAAAAGUUGGCUGUUGCAAAGCGUGGUGUCACAAUGGAGGAUACUAUCGCCGCUUCCAAAGAGGAAUCGAUGAAAGAGUAUCUCCAUAUGAUGGCUGCCGGUCUGGCUGCCACCACUACACAUAUGGUUUGUGCAACUAUCAUUGCUAUGACCAGAGUCGUUCACAACUUCCGUCGUAUGAUCAAUCCAGCAUUGAUCGAACAGAUGACAUCGGCUUUGAUUGUGCUUACUGGUUCACCAAAUCGUGAUGUUGUCAAGGCAGUUCUUGGAUUCACUCGUGUUGUUAUGGCAUGUUUCAAGGACAUCGAUGUCGUCGAGACACAUUUACAAACUCUCAUCGCCUCAAUGGCGAAAUGGGCAGAGUUGGACAAGAAUUUCUUUAGAACCAUUAUUCAGAUUCUUUUGGAGCGUUUGAUGAAGCGUUAUGGAUUCGACCGUAUUCACGGUUGUCCAACCUCGUCUGAGGAGUUCAAAAAGAUCGUUGCCAACAUCAAGAAGAAGAAAGAUCGUGCCGAGAGAAAGCGUGAGGAGGAAGAGGCCGCUUUGAAUAAGAUGAUCGAUCCAGUCACUGGAAGCGAUGUAAAGAGUGCCCGUGGAAGUGUAUAUGGCGGUGACGAUGAUGAUGAACAACAGGUCGGUGACGAAUCCGACGAUUCCGAUGACGAUAUCGAACAGUUCUUGUUCAAUGUAAAGAAGGCCAACAAACAAGCAGCCAACGAGAACAACUGGAUCGUUGAGGAAGGUGACGAUCCAAUCGAUUUCUUGGACCGUAAUGCAAUCAGCAAGAUCGCAUCGAACAAGAGUGGAAAACAAACAAGUGGAUCUGCCAGACAGUUGGCUGUCAACAACAAAGGACGUGCACAAUCCGACGCCUAUGAGACUAAUGAAGAUGGUAAACUGGUUAUUGUAGACUCUGACGACGAAGAGGAGAAGAGAAAACAAAGAAAGAGACAGAGAGGACCAUCUUAUAUCGACGAAGUGUUUGAAGAGCAAGCUCAAGAGUAUGAAGCUAAAGCAGGUUACCGUGCAACCAAAGCCAAGGGUGCAUUGAAGCGUGCCAGCAACAACGACGAUAGCGACGACGAAGACGAUGGUAUCGAUGAGGAUUUGAGAUCUGCUUUCACCAAGAAGACAUUUGCCACUGCCAAGACUGGUAAGACCGCCAGAACCACCAAGACCACCAAAACAACAAUGACAGGCAAAACAGGAAAGAGCGACGGUCGUAGCGAAAAGAAUCUUCAGAGAAUCGACUCUGCCACCGAGAGAUACAAUCGUGUCAGAGGUAUCAACACCAACGUCAAUCUCGAUGCCAUCGGAAGACAACCAAAGAAAGGAGACAUCAAAGGAAAUACCAAACAGAAAUUGGAGCCAUACGCAUAUAUUCCACUCGAUCCAAAGACACUCAACAAACGUUCAAAACAAUCAUCUUCAUCAUCAUAUAAGAAUAUUUUAAAGAAGAGAAAGAAGGAUUAA